AUGGCUCUCAGCAGGUUACUGCGACCGCUGCAGCGGGCAGAAUAUAUCUGUGAACCAUGUCAUUCUUUCAGUACAUCCAGCAUUGCGUUCUCCGGUCAUAACAAAUGGUCGACGAUCAAGCACGACAAAGCACGGAAUGACAAGGCGAAAAGCAAGGAACGUGCAAUGGUUGGCAAGGAAAUUGCCAGCGCUACGCAGAUGUGGGGUCCUGAUCCGAAGUACAAUCCUCGGCUGACACUUGCGCUAUCAAAUGCGAAACGAGCCUCCAUUCCCAAGACUAUCAUCGAAGCUGCAAUUCUACGGGGACAGGGAUUGAGUGUGUCGGGACAAGCAUUAGAGAACGUCACAAUUGAGGCUAUGCUACCGGGCUCUGUGGCCGCGGUCGUGGAGUGCCAAACUGACCAGAAGGCGCGCGUACUCCAAGAUGUCCGCUAUAUGAUCAAAGACAAUGGAGGAAUUGUGACACCGACUACAUAUCUCUUUGAGAAGAAGGGAAGGGUCGCUAUGGAGAAGAAGGACGGUACGAAUCCAGACGACUAUCUUGAUCAGGCGAUUGAGGCUGGCGCAGCGGACAUUACCACAGACGAUAAGGGCCGCCUAGUGGUGUUCACUGAUCCCUCGGAGACGAAGAGUGUUGGCGAGACAUUUGCCAAGCUAUCUGGUCUCAUCAUUGAGGAGUUGGAAAUAUUCUGGGACCCUAACAGGGAUACCAUGGUCGAGGUCCAGGAUGAAGAGCAAGUGAAGGCUCUUGAAGAUCUCUUGAGCAGUCUGCGGGAAGAGCCCAGUGUUCAAGAUAUAUACUUGAACUCGACGGAGAAGUUUUAG